UCUUCAGGUGUACACACGUCAAAAAGACUCACCCACUGCACUCCACACACUCACAGUGAAUUAGGGUCAGAUCACCACGUUGGGCCGGGAAAUAGUCCUGAAUAAUUGAAAGGGGUUGAUGCGGAGGAUGACCAGAUGGAAACGUCAAGACCACAACCUUUAAACAAACUCCUUCCUCUUCUCAGCUAGUUCCGGCUCACCCACCAAUCCUCUUCACAGGUGGGGCCGCUUACACACUGAUCGAACACACAGGGAACACACUGGGACACAAUUUUAGCAAGGGUGUCACUGGCAAGACGACAAUUCAACGUACUCACAGUUUCGUUGACACCUAAUUUUCCCCUCUCUCUUCCAGAGGUCUGAUGUAUACAAGGUCGAUAGUACAACAACUUUUCCGUUCCUUCCUCCUCUCAAUGGGUUUCCAGUGCCUUCUCAAUGUACACAAUCUCUUCAAGGUAAAUAGUACAUGUCCACCAAUUACUUCCAAUGGAAUACUUUAAAUACUUAACUCUGUGUUUUUUCGCCCAAUCCUCUGUUUUGACUUCACCCAGUCUUCAAUAUCCACACCAAAUACGUCUCUCCAACACACCGCUCGCUCCGUCUCACCCACAGCGUUUGCCGGAAUAAACUUCACCACAAUAACGUCACUUUUGCGGCAGCCAUCCCUAGCUUUUGUUUGUUUGUUGUCAAAGCCAAGCUAUUCAAAUCAGAAGCCUUCAUUUACAUUCCGACUCAAUUAUAAUGUCAUUCUCAAUAACAAACAUUGCUGUGGAAACCAUCAGUAGACCAUUUGCAUAUUUACACUGUCAGAAAAAAAUGGUACACAGUAUGUACCCCAGCUAAAAGGUACAGGUACAGUUAUGUUUAGCCUACAUACUUCAAAUAUUACUAUAAAAGCUGUGCCAUAUGAUGAUGAUGUUGAACUAUUUAACGAUAUAGUUUGUGUUCUGCCAUUGUUUUUCUUUUUAUCAAAUUUAUGAAACCACCAUAUAUGUGUGUGCGCGUGUUAACUACAUUGCUGAAAAACAAAUGUGAACCUCAGUGGGUGUGCCUGAAGCCACACGAUUUGUGUUUGACUGUUCUUAAUAUACUUUACAAUACAGCGUGUCAAUUACAAAGUUGCCACGCAUAGCUUCACAACUUUGAUCCUAUCACAAACUAGAAAAUGGUUGGAGCUAAAUAUAUGACACUCCUCCUGUUUAUGCCUGUGAUGUUUGAUACAUUUGAAACAAAUUCAAACGACAUCAUUCAAUUAUUUAUCAAUCACCGAAUUCAAGAACUAAUUACUGGAUGGCACCCCGACCCCCAAGAAAUACUGAGUUUUUUGAAAAAUCAAACCAAGAAAGCAUAUCCAGAAAUGUUGAAAAACAAAACAAUUUUGUCAAUGUACAUCAGUGAGGAGAAGGAAAUCAUACAAAACAUUACCAAUAUGAACGUCACGGGAAAAUACAACUUCUACAGAUUUGAAGAUUUUGCGAUGGCUGUGGUUAAGAUAAAUAAAAGCACGGCAGAUGAUCGUGUACUCAACACUUCGAAGUUAUUAAAUGAUACAAAAGCACCACAUAUAUGGAUCCCAGUGGAGCCUUUUCUAAAUGUCUCAGAUGAAGAAAGCAGAGUCGGUGUAGUUGUCUAUGAUUCUGAUGAGCUAUUCACUCUUGGACUGAAAAAUGCGACUAUAACUUCUAAAGUAAUACGGAUUGAAGUUCCUGGGCGUGACAUUGUGAAUUUGACUGAUCGACUUAUAAUACAGUUCCCAGUCAAUAAGACAACUAUAAACACCACAUAUUCCUGUCAGUUCUAUGAUGAAGAAGACGACACCUGGAAAAAGGACGGGUGUUUAACCAAACAGAUUAGUGACAAUGUUGUGAAUUGUUCUUGUGAUCAUAUGACUGCAUUUGCUGUGCUUCUGAUUAAUAUGAAGAACAUUGAUGAACAACAGUGGAAAAUCAUGUCAUACAUCAGCUAUAUAGGCUGCAGUCUGUCUGCCGUCUUUUCUGCUUUCUCCAUAUUGUCCUAUAUUGUCAACAGUAAUGCCAGGAAAGAAGUGUCCACCAGCAUCCAUGUGUCUCUGAGUGCUGCUCUGUUUCUCCUCAACAUCAGCUUCAUGCUCAGUGAAUGGGCCGCCACACUGAAUAUAAAUGAAGUUUGUGUGUUUAUUGCUGUGACGAUACACUACAGUCUGUUGUGUUGUUUCACCUGGAUGGCCAUUGAAGCUCUGCACCUCUAUCUUCUUCUGGUCAGAGUCUUCAACAUCCGCAUCAAGCACUACAUGGUCAAGCUCUCUGUGCUUGGAUGGGGAGUCCCGGCUCUUCUUGUUGGAUGCUUGCUAUCAGUUUAUAACAGUCAAUCUGUGUAUGGUACUAAAAAAGUCACAUUAUCAGAUACCAAUCAAACAAAUGCAUUCUGCUGGACAACAGAUGAUGUCAUCCCUUAUGCUGUGAACAUUUCCUACUUUAUCCUUGUGUUCCUGUUCAACUCCGUAAUCCUGAUUGUAGUGUCUAGAAUGAUCUUUAUGCUACAAAAAUCAGACAACGGGCCUAGAAGCAAAACAGCUUGCAAGAAUGCCAGCACAGUUCUUGGUUUAAUGUGUCUGCUGGGUACCACGUGGGGUUUGGCCUUUUUCACCAUGGGAUAUACAAACUAUCCUAUUCUCUACCUCUUCUGCAUCUUCAACUCAACACAAGGGUUUUACAUCUUUCUGUGGAUGUGUCUGACAGGGAGGACUAAAAAACAACAAGCAACAAGUAUUAGAACGACAACCACUGACAGCUAAGACAGAACACCUAACCUUAAAUCACUUUUCAAAACAAGAAGUUUUAGUAAAACUGUUUUUAUGUUAUAAAGCAAAAAAAAGUAACAUGCCGGUUUAUCUUUAUACAUCCUUAAAAUAAGGGAUGCACCGAAUCCAGAUUUUUUGGGUUCGGCCGAAUACCGAAUCCACUGUUUAAGAUUCUGCCGAAUCCGAAACUGAAUACCGAAUCCAACUCGCAUCCUUAUUCCAUUAACACAGUAAAACACAUUAAUGAAGUAAACAACAUCCACAGCAGUGUAUUUAACUGUAAAAAAAGGAUAGGCAACAUGGAUGCCAGGAUGACAA